AGUGCCCGGAGUAUUUUCUCGGCGCUCCGCUCUCUCUUCCUUGUCAAAUCAUUCACUUUGCUUUAACAGGAAGAUGGUACUCCGAGCUUGUGGCUUUAUCAUAUUUCGCCGUCUAGUCGGCCGCAUCCCUCCUCCAGGCAACAUCGAGUAUCUCCUUCUGCAGACAUCUUAUGGGGAACACCACUGGACGCCACCGAAAGGUCAUGUGGACCCAGGUGAGGAUGACCUCACCACAGCACUGAGAGAGACCAAGGAGGAGGCGGGGCUUGGGGCAGAGCACCUGAAAGUGAUAAAAGGCUUUGUUCAGGAGUUGCACUAUGAGGUGCGUGGCAAACCCAAAGAGGUGCUGUACUGGUUGGCUGAGCUGAAGGACCCAGGGACUGCUGUGACUUUGUCUGAUGAGCACCAGGAUUACCGCUGGGCCCAGCUAGAGGAAGCCUGCACUCUGGCCCGGUACAAAGACCUGCAGGACACACUGAGAGCAGCACACAGACACCUAGAGGCAUGUCAGGACAAACAAUGAUGUGUCACAGAGGAGAAGAUCAUAAAUGGGAAGUAACUUCCUGCUGGUAUGUGGGAUCGUACCAUUUUCUGGAAGAGCAUCUGUUUUGAAAGCACUGCUCCUAAUUCCUUUAACUGAAUGAGUCUGACUUUCCCUGCCUUGUCUUUCUUUAAAUACUUUCCAGAACCUUAUGUAAGAGAAAGACUCCCUUAAGUCACAAAAAAUCAGAGAGAAAAUAAAAUCAACAGUUGAAUGCUAGGAUUAAAUGCACAAAUGAUGCGUUUAUGAUUGUAAAUAAGCUGUAUUGCAGGUUUGUGCAUUGCAGCUGGUUUUUUUGGUCAUUUUUUUUUCGGUCUGUCUCCAGUUUGAAUUAAAUUUAGACCAACACGAAGGUUUUCUCCUACCUUUGAUACUUACUCAGCUUUACAUCAUUUCUGAAUGGAUUGUUUUGUUUUUUCCCUUUUUUAAACAUGCAUUACAAAGAUGCAAGGGGAUACUGGGCUAAUAAUAGAACAGUCAAGUGAAACACUAAUGAUAAAAAUAAACUGUAAACAGCAGAUGCUGCCACAUGGUGGGGACAAACAUUUUUUUUUCCUAAAGCUGCACAUUUGAUAUCAAAAGCUGCAACAGAUAACUAACAUCAUCAUUGUCACGAGGAAAAGUUCUACAUUAAAUAUAACAGUUAAAAAAA